AAGAGCGAUCGUGGGGAGGGGGGGGGGGUGUAUCUGCUUGCAAAAAAAGCCCGACCUCCCCCUUUUUUUUUGCAUUGCAUUGCAUUGCCUGGCGCAGCCCGGCGCUCCUGCCCGCCCGCCGGGGCGCCCGCGUGUGUCGGCGGCGCCGGGCGAGGAGCUGCCUCCCCCCGAGCAUGCACAGCCGCGCUCAGGAUGAGAGCAGGUCGUCCUUCCAGAAUGCCAGAGGAAAGUUCCCCCAGAAGGAGUCCUCAGCAUGUCCCUUAUCAGGACCUGCCCCACAUGGUCAAUGCAGACGGGCAGUACCUCUUCUGCAGAUACUGGAAACCGGCAGCAACCCCAAGGGCCCUCGUGUUUAUCGCUCAUGGCGCUGGGGAACACUGCGGCCGCUAUGAUGACUUGGCCCAGAUGCUGACAGGACUUAACUUGUUUGUAUUUGCACAUGACCAUGUUGGCCAUGGGCAGAGCGAAGGGGAGCGUAUGGUUGUGUCCGAUUUCCACAUUUUCAUCAGAGACAGCUUGCAGCACAUUGAACUCAUGAAGAAGGAACACCCUGAUCUGCCCAUUUUCAUUCUGGGGCAUUCCAUGGGUGGAGCCAUCUCUAUUCUAACCGCAAGUGAGAGACCAAAUGACUUUUCGGGCAUGGUUUUAAUUUCUCCUUUGGUUGUAGCAAGCCCUGAGGCAGCAACACCCAUCAAGGUUUUUGCAGCGAAAGUGCUCAACUUUGUCCUACCAAACCUGUCCCUGGGAUCCAUAGAUCCAAAUGUGGUUUCCCGGAAUAAGAAGGAGGUUGAAUCUUACACAUCCGAUCCCCUGGUCCACCAUGGAGGAAUGAAAGUCUCCUUUGUCAUCCAGCUGAUGAAUGCCAUUGCCAGAAUAGAACGGGCCCUCCCCAAAUUGACCCUGCCAAUCUUGGUGCUGCAUGGCUCACCCGACAAGCUCUGUGACAUCAAAGGAUCCUAUCUGCUGAUGGACACAGUACUGAGCCAGGACAAAACACUCAAGGUGUAUGAUGAGGCCUAUCAUGCUCUCCACAAAGAGCUGCCCGAGGUCAGCACUGCUGUCUUUAAAGAAAUACUGACGUGGAUCGGUCAGAAGGUCGCAGCUGCCGAAGAAUCCAGCCACACUUAAGAGUAACCAUCUUGAUACCUGCUAAGUGGUCACGGGGAUCUUCUGGGGAUGGAAGCUUUUCUUUAAAAAAAAAAGUCUCUUUUGGAGAAGAUGUAGAUCGGAGGGACUCCUGGAAUGUUUUUCUCUGAACAGUGCAGGAGGGACACUUCCGUCAUUUAGAGAGGCGACUGCCCUAAAAGAGCAAGGGAGGCUGUAGCAGUGGGAGCCCCCAUUAUAAACUUUCCAGGCUGGGCAUUACACUAAAGAAGCCUUCCCCCAUUCCCUUCCCUUACAAUCAAUCUAUUGCCCCUCUUCUUCGUUCACCCUGGGAUCCCUGAUGUACCAAGGGUGUAUUUAUACUGCAAUAAUCUUUGGGACGUCACCAGUUCAGCAUCUUCCAUUUCGUACAGUUUCUAUGCCAGCCAUGGACAGUUGCUUCCCUGUCCCCUCAGUCCUAGCAUAUGCUGUAUAAAAAGUCCUUGUCCUUGAGAGGCGAAGACUUGUGAGUUAGCAAGGAGCAUAUGGGAGGUGGCAGGUGCUGAGGCCGAGUGGAAUCCUUCGGCCCUUGAAGGUGAAAGGCUUCUUUCAAGGUCUGACUGAUUUAAACAUUGCCUGUAUUCACACAUAAUAGGGAGUACAUAGUGACCCCCCACCCUUCAAGUUUGCACUUUGUAAAAGCAUGUUUAAUAGGUCUUUAAUUCCCAGCAGGGUGGCAGCACUGUAGGAGGGAGAGUACUAAUGCCAGAUAAGAUGCUUAAAAAACUACAAAGCACAUUCAAAAUCAGACUACUUCCAACUACUUCUCCCCUCUGCAAGAUGAACUUCUCUGUAAAUAGUCUUAGGGGUUACUUUUUUAAUUAAUUACUUGUGCUACUGAUACUUAAGAGGUAAAGUUAAAGAUUUAUUGAAGAGAAACUAUUGAUAUAAUAUAUAUUCUGUGUGUAUAGGCAGCUUGGGGCUGCGGAGAAGGAAAGGAGCAGAGGUUAAAGAAGGAGGGAGGAUCUGUUCCCAUCCUGUUCUGUUUCCACCAUGGCCAGAGGAGUGUUGACCCACCAAGGUCCACUCCUCUCACCAUGGUUUUACAGGAAGGAUCUGGUCUCUUCCCUCAUCAGUUGGAGAAUGGCUUGAAAAAUGCUACAGACUCAAGCUCAAAGCAUCUGGUAGGAGCGGAAUGAGCAGCAUGCAUCCUCUCAGUCCACCGCUGGAUAGUCAGACAUGUGUGUUGCAAUACUAGGACUACCCAUACCGCCAUGCCCAGGCCAGAUCGGCACUGCUGAACCCGUCACAGGGGACAGCCAUUCACAGGAAAGCUUCCAGAUCCAUCAGAUUCUCAUAUUGGCUAGAAGCUACCAAUUUAAAUGCCAGAGCAACUGGGUCUUUGAUACCAGCAGGAUGAUAGAUAGAUCCUAGGAAAACUUUCUUUGUGAAGACUCACUCAUUUGGAGAUAAGGUUACAGGGCAUGUCCACCUCAGGCAUUAUACCAGUAUAAUAUAAUUAUACCAGUGGUGUGCUGCUGGAGUGCUUCCCCUUGGAGCAAAGCCCUAAUUACUAAUAGACCUCUGCCCAAGUGCAAUAGCUAGAGCUCCAAAAGGAAGGAAUUCAACUUACCCCUCUCACACCUUGUGCGUUGCAACAGGCAUCCUGGAAGGAGAGGGGAAAGGAUUUAAACCCAGAGAAAAACAAUAGCUUCCAAGAUAGUAGGGAAACCACCUCCUGAAAUGGGCAUUUCACAAAAGCUGGAGUCACCAGUUUCCCUUGCUGCCUACCAUCUGCCUCUUGCCUGGAGGAAAGAUGGGGGCAUUUUUCACCUCAACAUCUUCACAAUAGGAUCAUUGGCUUAUAGGCAUCACACCCAUACUGCUUCAGUUUCACCUUUUGGAGCCAGCUCGUGGCAGGAAUCAGGAAAGGAAACCUUGUGCAAUAACAAUCAGACUAACUCGAAUUAGUUCUGAUCUGUCCUCUAGUGAGUAUGUGAAUGUGAGAAGGCAGUGGACCCACAGCCUUGUCCAUGUAGCUGUUUAGUAGAUCCAGUCAGAUAUUUGGAUUUUGACAGACCAGCUCUGGCAUUUGUAGGCUUGUGGCUUCCUGCCUGCCAAAGAAGAGAUGGUUGUAGUUCUCACCAGCUCAGCUGCAUUUGAAUUCAAAUCCUUGCCCAGCUCUUACAAUCAACUGCUACCCCCAGCUCUUCUACAGCCCCACCUGCCCCAUUGUAUUGAUUUGUUAGGACAUCUUUCCGCUAAGAGUAGGUUCCCCUGACAGUUGCCAUGAGCUGGGGAGAACAAGUGAAAACGGAGAGGUGGGAAACUCUGCCUACCUCUUAGGCUUGUAGGGACCUUUGGUGUGAGCCAAGGGUAACAGAUGUUCGGGCAAGAUGGGGAGUAGCAGAAGUCAUUUAUAAAUAAAAAGAAGAUAUUUAAGAGGGGAGGAAGUUUGCCAAAGCACUUGGUAUUAGCACAGAUCCACUCCCAUGGAAGUACAAAGGAGUUUUACUGUUGACUUCAGCAGGAGCAGUGCUGAGCACUUUGAAGUCUCUCCCUAAAGAGAUAAGCACUUAAAAGAAGGGAACUAACUCUAUAGCAUCAAAGUUGGAGUCCUGCUGCUCCCAAGACCCUGGAUGUAGCCAAAGGAAGGUCUGUGGUUAGUGUCUUUAAAAAAGUGUUCUUCAGGCUGGUCCUCCUGAGCUCUGAAGCACUAGAGAAGAAGAAAAGAUGAUGAUCAAGAGAUUUAAAAUAAUCUGUCCAGCUAAACUCAGCAAUGUCCUAUGGGCUAAAGAUGCUGCGCUGGACAUUAAACAAACCCCAAAUUAAAUGGAGGUUGCUAGGGCUUUCAGCCACUUUGCUGAAGAAUGGUCUUUUAGGAAACUGCAUCUGGGAGACCCAGCGGAAGCACGAAGGCUAGUUUCUAACAGACUUAGAUUAACAUCUCUCUCACAGCUCACCCUUAAAUCCAGUGGCAAAGGGCCAAACCCUCAGGUGGUGCAAAUCAGGGUUUAAAACAGAAUCAGACAGCUGGGUGUAAAUCAUCAUAGGUCCUCCAAGAUCCCUCUCGAGCUGCAGUGAUCUUCGCUACAUCAGCUGGGGAUCUGAGCCUCAUCCUUUCAAUUUGUGCUCUUUAGAUGAGCCAUUGUCACAUAUCCAAACUGGUUUACACUGACACAUCAUACAGGAAAUCCCUUCACAGGGGACUUGGCUGGCAGCAGGCAGCACUGCCACUUAUGGGAAUAUAAUACUUUAUUUUCAAAUAGCGUGCACCGUUUCUGAGGAGCACUGCUGGCCUUACGAACUUCCAGAUUGCUGUGCUGAAACAAACAGGGACAAGUCUGCCUUUGAGAAUAGGGUGCAUUUAUGACAGCAAUAGUAGUCUGUAACUAUUGUAGAUACCACCACCCAUACUGCGCAUAGCACCAAACAACCAUAUCCUCAAUGUAUUAUCCACCUGGUUUUCUAUUUAGCCUGCUCUUUUUAUAUUGGCCACUCUGCCAGCAUAAAUUUGUUGAGAUCACACUUAUUUUUCCAAGUAAUUUCUGAGCCUGUCUCUUGUUUGACUGUACUCCAGUUCAAAAAUAUAUAUAUAUAUACACACAUAUAUAUACACAAAUACAUACAUACACAUAUUUUCAGUGGAAAUAAUGUGUUCAAGCUUAACAUUCUGCAAGGAACACAAUGUAUACUGCAACUAAUAAUAAAGUUAUGUUUUAUGAA